AUGGAGCUCUCGAGGACAGAUUUUGUCGGAGGAUCCACCCCACAGCCGCCAGAAAUCCGAUCGCCCUUCAUCUUCAGUCUUCCUCCGGAGCUACUUGGGGAAAUAGUCGCUGCCGUCGCAGCGACUGAGGUCCCGCGAACGCCGUUAGCCGACGACGAGACAUCGACUCUUGCUCAGAACGACUUACGCCGCCCACGCGCCAUUUGGACUUCUAUCUCACAAGGAGGCACGCUGGGCUGGCUACGCUUGACGCAUGUCUGCCGUGGGUGGAGGCGUAUUAUCUGCGAGGGCAUGCCUUUACUUUGGGCGCAGCAUAUUGGGUGUUUUCGGAAUGCCGAUGCUGUAGAAACGAUGCUUCGGCGAGCAGGCGAUGGCGUGCCUUUGUCUGUUCGAUCCGGUCGUGGUGGAAACACGGCUCUCGAUUUCCCCUGGAUCACCGUACAGACGCCCGUGCCGUCUUGGUCGAAGCUUGAAUGCACGAUCUUCCGAUCCCGCAUCCGGUCACUUGUAGUGGUCGACACACGGAAUGGCCCUGGAGACGAGGCCGAGUUCGAAAGCUUGGCCUCAAUACUUCCCGAGCUUGUCGGUCUUCAGGAGCUCGAAGUGCAUUGUGCCACUACAGAUGACAACAGGCUUCGGAGCAAACUACCCCCCUGUCCCGAUACGUGCAUCAUAUCUUCCCGCACAUUGCGCUCCUUGCGAUUCACAAACCACUUUAUCUCGUGGAAUUCCCUCAGAAUCACGCGCCUAUCAAUUGCCUUCGAUUUCAUAGGCCUUCCAGGCGACGUAAUCCAUGAUGUCCUGAGAUCAUUGCCGUCGAUAGAGGAGCUGGAACUCGAUCGGGUGCUGCUUGGAUACUCUUUACUGACUGGACUGGAUCAAGAACGCGCUAAAUACAACCUUCCAAGUCUGAAUUAUCUCUACAUCCACGAUCUUGACUGCUUCGUUCUUAGCCUUCUACGGCAAGUACAGCUGCCGGACAGGGCGAAAGUACACCUAUCUUUCCUAUGCACCGAAUCAUGGGGAAGCACUCCUCUUGAGUUGGCAAUGCAGAGCGUCUUGUCCAGGAUAGAACUGGUGCCAAGCCGGUCGAUCGUUGUCGCAGCGUCCUUUGGCAAGGAUGGCCGUGACGAGUCCGCGGUCGUCUGCAAUUGGGCCCAGCUUUACUUUUUGGAAGGCGCCUCCCUUAUCGCUGACGAUGCAGUCGAUCGCCCUUAUCUCACCAUUUCCGUCGAAGACUUGACCUAUGCAAGGGAUCCCUGGGGAAAACUGGCCAACGUGCGUGAAAACCUCGGCCAUAACUUUCCCGAUGUGUGGAAAGGCGUGCAGUCGCUGGACUUUGACGUACCAUUCUGGCGUUGCCACUACGAGAUUGGACAAAUGCUAUCCUGUGCUUCACAUCUUCGCCAAGUACGCAUUGUUGAUCUCUUCGAGGGCGUGGAACGUGAUCACGACCCUGCGAGCGACUGGCCCGGGAGCGCUCUCUUCCCAAGCAGCCUAUUCAGGGACCCCGCGCCCUCCCUCGAUCUCCUGUGGAUCGUGCAAACCUCAGAUUGGCGCGUCAACCACCUGCGCCAGUUCUGUACUGCCGUUGCCGAGAGUUUGGCCAACGCGAUAGAUGGCAGUCAUCUGCACCAUCGACACGAGGAUAACACCGUCGCGAAACGGGCCGUUACAUUACUUCGCUUGGACCUUAUCCACCAUUCUGGGACGCCUUGGAACCCGGACGAGGAAGAGUAUGACUGGGCGGAUACGUUCGAUAAGUUGGCGGAAAGAGUCGAGAUACGUACUGGUAGUGUAAACUAA